CAAUGGCGUGCAGUCCGGAUUUGUUCGACUGCUCCAUCUGUUUACAGAUACUGGAUGAUCCUGUGACGACGGCCUGUGGACACAGUUACUGUACACAAUGCAUCAAUGCCUUCUGGGAUGUGUAUAAUAACAGAGGAAAGAGUUACAGCUGCCCUCAGUGCAGGCAGACAUUCUCCCCCAGGCCUGUCCUGAAGAGGAACACACUUCUGGCUUCCCUGCUCGAGGAACACAAGAGGAAAAAAAGUCAAAAUGAUGCUGCUGCUGCUGUAUCUGUUGCUGCUGCUGACACCUAUGCUGCACCUGGUGAUGUGCAAUGUGACGCCUGCACAGAGAGAAAAAGAAAAGCUUGGAUGUUCUGUCUGGUGUGUUUGGCCUCUUACUGCGAGACUCACCUAAAGCCUCACUUUGAGUUGCCACCACUACAGAAACACAAUCUGAUUCAAGCCUCUGCAUGGAUCAAAGACAGCAUCUGUGGCCGUCAUGGCAAACUUCUGGAGAUCUACUGCCGCUCAGAUCAGCAGUUCGUAUGCCUGCUGUGUGUGAUGGAUGACCACAAAGGUCAUGACACGGUGACAGUUGCGGCAGAGAAGUGUGAAAUGCAGAGACAACUGGAGCGAGGUAAACAGGAAAUUGCAGACAGAGUGCUGAAUUCGGAGAAGAAAAUGGCAGAGCUGAGGCAGUCUGCAGACUCUAUAAGAGAUGCCGCAUGGGGGGCGUGUGAUGACCUUGAGCGACUGUGUGUUGAGCGCAUCCGUUUAUUCGUCCGCUCUGUGGAGAGGAAGCGCUCUGAGAUGAGAGAGAGAUUUGGAGAAGCAGAGAAAGCUGGAGUGGACUGGACCAACAAUCAUCUCGGCCAACUGGAGCGUGAAGUGUUGGAGCUCAGGAAGAGAGAGGAUGAACUCCACCAGCUCUCACUGACAGAGGACCCCAUUCAGUUUCUGCAGGGUUUCCAAGCUCUGGGUGGCCUCCCUGUGUUCACAGACUCACAUGAAAGACUGACAAAGUUUACCUCCGCACAAAUGGAUAAACUGAAAAAUAUGUGCAGCAAAGAAAAAGAAGAAUUAUUCAGUCACUCUGAAGAAAAUCUGGUGUCAAAAUGGCCAAGUUUGCAUGAGGAAAGAACAUCAAGGACAUGCCUUUUGAACACAUAUAAGAACUUCACAGUGGAGGUGGAUCCCAACACAGUGGCUGCAUGUCUUUGCUUGUCCGACAAAAACAGAGCGAUAUCGUGGAGUGACAGGGACCAGGCUCAUCCUGAUCUCCCCGACAGAUUCACCUUCUAUCACCAGGCGCUGUGCAAAGUGGGCCUUGAGGGCAGCCACUACUGGGAGGUGGAGUGGGAUGGUGGCAUUGUCGACUUGGCCCUGUCCUACAAAGGCAUCGAAAGAAAGGGUUCAGGCAACGGCUGCUGUUUCGGCCACAAUGAGCUCUCCUGGAAAUUAACCUGCUCCCCAUCCGGCUGCACAUUUUGGCACAAUAAUCUUCACAAAGGCCAGAUUCCUCCAGUUCUCUCUCGCAGAGUGGGCAUACACCUUGAUUACGAAGCAAGAACACUGGGCUUCUACAGUGUUUCUGGCUCGGACAGUUUGACACAGCUGCUCCAAAUCCAGACCACCUUCACUGAACCUCUCUAUCCUGGGUUUUCUGUUGAUUUAGGUUCAACACUGAAAAUAUGCAAAAUCUAAGCCAGUUUGUAUUAAAACAUGUUGGCCACAAGAACGUCUUCCAUUCAUGAAUCAGGGAUGGGAAAAAAAGCGCAAGAGUAGUACAAUUAUGAAGAUGUGCAAAGUUAAGCAUAUUUGUGUGUGCGUAAGUUAGAGACGUGUAUGCAUCGAUAUUCAUUACAACAUACAGUAUAUGAGAAUCUUUGUUGUGAAUCAAAGAGUGGAAAAUGGAAAUUUCUUCUGGUAUAUUUUGCACUUUUUUACUCUUAAAUGUUCUUAAAUACAUUAUCAAAAUACCUUGUUUUAUCACUGAUAAGAGACAACUUAUAUGAGGAUAAACCAUAUUUCUUAUUCUGUUCUUUAUGCUCUAUAAUGGAAUAAUGUUCCCUCAAGCCUAAGUUUAUCAAAUCACAGCACAUCUUCAAAGGGGCCAUGAAAAGAUUGUUUCUCAGUAACUUGUAACCUGAUUUUAGUUAUGAAAAUAUCUUGGAACAUAUCGGCUGUUUUGUCUUUGAGUUUCAUCUUUUUGACGUGUUGCUUGUUGUAUGUUGGAGGACCACAAUGGAAAUAAGCCAUUUAAGAUUUGUUGUUUUAAUCAUUGAUGUUUAUUUUGUACUUUUACUUAUCAAACAAAGCAAACAAGUAAAUCAAGCAGAGUGUAUUUGUUCUAGUUUAACAGACUCAAAUAAAGGACCAUGCUAAUGA